UAUAACUGCCGUUCAAAUUUCUGAAAUCCUGAAAUAAUAAAAAUCAUCAUCGUCAUCCAAAUUUUGAUCUCUUUCUUUCCAUUCAUCCUCAUGUCCCUUUAAAAUCACAAUAGUCGUCGAUAGGGAUAUGGCGCAUUUUUGUAGAGACGAUGACUACGAUUACUUGUUUAAGGUUGUUUUGAUCGGGGAUUCAGGUGUCGGUAAAACCAAUCUUUUGUCACGAUUCUCCAAAAACGAAUUCAACAUGGAGUGUAAAUCCACCAUUGGGGUUGAAUUUGCCACCCGUAGCAUCGAAGUCGAUGACAAGAUCAUCAAAGCCCAGAUUUGGGAUACCGCGGGUCAAGAAAGGUACCGCGCUAUAACAAGUGCAUACUAUAGAGGCGCGGUAGGUGCAUUGAUCGUAUAUGAUAUCACACGACACGUAACAUUUGAAAACGUUGAAAGAUGGCUAAAAGAGCUUCGAGAUCACACGGAUCAAAAUAUCGUGAUCAUGCUUGUAGGGAACAAAGCCGAUCUUCGACACCUACGAGCCAUUCAAAUGGAUGACGCAAAGUUAUUUGCCGAGAGAGAGAACAACUUUUUCAUGGAAACAUCGGCUCUCGAAUCGUUAAACGUCGAGAAUGCGUUCACCGAACUAUUGACUCAAAUUUAUCACGUCGUCAGCAAAAGGGCACUUGAAGUGGGUAGUGAUCCCAUGGUUCCAAGCAGAGGACAAACAAUUAAUGUUGGAGGUAAAGAUGAUUCUCCUGCUGCUGUUAAGAAGAACGAAGGGUGUUGUAGUUGAAAAAGAUAUGUUUACACAUUUAUAAAACUAGGAUGCAGCGGAAAACACAUACACUGCAAGGGUAUGCAUUGUUCGGUUUGUUUGGUUAUUAUCUUCAACCAAAAUUGAAG